UCUCUCUCUCUCUGAUUGUAUGAGUGACCCACACCAACAGACAGCCACUAAUUAACACGUCUCUCUUUGAAAGUUGAAAGAAGCAACUGGAAAUUAUGGAAAGGGAAAAGGAAAGGGUGAAGAAAGUGGAACUCAUACAGAAAGCAAUCGACCAACUCCAAUCAAAAACAUGUCAUCUUCUUGAUGAAAGCUUCGUUACCGUUGAUGUUGAUGAUGAUGAUGAUGAAGCCCGCCACCGCCACCAACUCCUCUCACAACUUUUAACUCAGCUGGAUUCACUGAAAGAAGAAGCCCCAUUUGAUCAAACGAAUGAAUCAACCAACGCUCCGGUUGAAAUUGAAGACGAAGAAAAAGAAGAAAAGGUUGUAAAAGAGCUAAGGAAGAUACAAAAGCAGAAUUUUAUCACUCAAUGCCUUUUAUCAGCUAUGAUUCUCCUCACCUUGACAUGGCAACUAUCGGAGGUCUCUAUGAUUUUGAAAAUGAAAGAUGGAUUAAAUCAUCCCUUUAGAUCCAUUACUAGUAUGAUUACAGGCUGGAUUAAGGGCCCUCCACCUGUAUUAAAUGGUCGAGAUGACGAUCUCAACCACUCUGCAAAGCAGCUUAAACAUCAAGUUGAGGCUAUGUCUCUCCCCAGACUAAAAGUUCCGGAGCUUCCACAUAUGGAUUUGCCAUCUUUCGACUUUAUCAAUGAAGAAGACUAGCGUUUUCCUUUCAGGAUUUUACAUUAGUGUUUCAACUCGUGCAUAUAAUAUUGUAAACCGUAUGAAUAAUAUAAGGUAUAAGGAUUGGUUUGGUUGAAGCAUGGAUUCAUUGUGCAGUGUACUUUGUACUUUUGCAUCAUUUGUUUUCAGCAUAAACUUCACAAACCAAUGACACUCAUUUUUUGAUCUUCAA